AUGGCCCGAAUGCGCAAGAAGGGACGCUCCGGCGCCGCCAAGAACUACAUCACCCGUAACCGUGCGCUCAAGAAGCUGCAGGUGACGCUGGCCGACUUUCGAAGGCUCUGCAUCCUCAAGGGCAUCUUCCCGCGCCAGCCCAAGAAUGUCAAGAAGGCCAACCGGGGAAAGACGGCGCCUACGACCUUCUUCUACGCCAAGGACAUCGCCUACCUGGCCCACGAGCCCGUCAUCCAGAAGCUGCGUGAGCACAAGACGUUUGCCAAGAAGCUCUCCAAGGCCAUCGGGCGCAAGGAGUGGCAGCUGGCCAAGAACCUCCACGACAACAAGCCCGUCUACCGCCUCGACCACAUCAUCAAGGAGCGCUAUCCCACUUUCGACGACUCGCUCAAGGAUAUCGACGACGCCCUCUCGCUCCUUACGCUGUUUGCCAAUCUGCCGGCGAGCGAGCGUGUGCACGCCGAUGUCGUCUCCAACUGCGCCAGGCUCUGCGCAGAGUGGCAGCUCUACGUCAUGAAGGCAAAGGCUCUCCGAAAGGUCUUCCUCAGCAUCAAGGGCGUCUACUUCCAGGCCGAGGUCCGCGGCCAGACCAUCACCUGGCUCGUCCCGUACAUGUUUACCCAGAACAUCCCUUCGGACAUCGACUUCAGGAUCAUGAUGACCUUCCUGGAGCUGUACCAGACGCUGCUUGGCUUCGUCUUGUUCAAGCUGUACACCGACGAGAACCUCGUCUACCCGCCAAAGUUUGAUCAGGACAAGGACGCGGCGGGUGCGGGCGUGGGCGCCCUGACGCUCGACGCUGCCAGCGCCGCCGUGCUGCGGGGCGAGAAUGCCAGCGGCGAUGCUUCGGCGUCGGCCAGCGGCAGCGGCCAGGAGGCUGCCAAGAAGCUGUCGCAGAAGGUCAUCAAGAAGCAGAUCCGCGAGAUCAGCCGCAGCGGAGCGGCGGCAGGCGGCGCGGACGCGAUGUCCGAGGUGCAGGAGGACGACACCGUCGGCGCCGAGGCCUCGACCACGGCCGGCGACGAGGCCGACGAGCGCUUCGUCGAGCAGCCGUCCAAGACGGCCGACGACCAGGAGCAGUCCGGGGCCGGCCUCACGACGCUGGCCGAGAUCCAGGCGGCAUCAGCCGAGGGUGAUGGGGCAGCAACGACGCUCUUCACGCCGUAUACCUUCUACAUCUCGCGCGAAUGCCCGCGGCCCAUCCUCGAGUUCGUCCUCAAGUCGUUUGGCGCCUCGGCGGCCAAGGUGGGGUGGGACGAGGUGGCGGGCGCCGGCAGCGCUGUGAGCGAAACCGACGCGCGGAUCACCCACCACAUCGUUGACCGGCCGAUCCCGGCCAACGGCCGGAAGAAGUACGGCGGCGCUCGGGUGUUCGUUCAGCCGCAGUGGAUCGUCGACUGCGCCAACGCGCGCCGCCUGCUGCCGACCGAGCCCUAUGGACCGGGGCAGACGCUGCCGCCGCACCUGAGUCCCUUUGUCGACUCGGCAGAGGUGGCCCGCCGUGGCGGGUACGUCCCUGCCGAGGCGCGGGCCGAGCUCGGCAUCGAGGACGAGCAGGAGCAGGGGUCCGACGACGACAGCAGCGAUGAGGACGCGGAUGUCGACGACGGGGACGGAUCGAUGGUCGACGAGGACGAGGACGAGGCCGAUGCAGACGGCAAGAGCGCGGUCCAGGGCAAGGACAAGGCCAAGGUCAAGGCCAAGGCCGCCUCGGUGGACGUGUCGAAGCGGCCCGCGCUGGCUGCGCUGCUGGCCGACCCUCUUGACGCGGCAUCGGCGGGACUGCUGGACGCUGCCGAGCUCGAGGCCGAAGCCGUCGGCGGCGAGGAUGCGCUGGACGAGGUGCGGACCAAGCACGAGGCGGCCAUCAAGGCGGCCAGGAAGCAGGCCAAGGCGGUCGGCGGCGGUGCCCGCAGCGGCCGGCAGGGAGGCAAGAGCGAGGACGACGAGGCCAAGGAGAUGGCGCAGAUGAUGAUGAGCAACCGCAGCCGCAAGCUGUACAACAAGCUCAGCUACAGCGCCAACAAGCGGAGCGAGGAGAAGACCAAGCUCGAGCAGAAGAAGAAGGCGCUCGACAAGGCGGGCAAGAAGCAGGUCAAGGCCAAGGCGGCCGGCCGGGCUUGA